AUGGAGAAGUCCUGCACCCUGCUGGUGCAUUUCGACAAGAGCUCCCCCGCGCUGGCCAACGAGAUCAAGGAGGCGCUCGAAGGCAACGAUGUCCCGGCGAAGAUCGAUGCUAUGCGCAAGGCCGUCAUGCUCCUCCUCAAUGGCGAGCCCCUCCCUCAGCUCUUCAUCACCGUUGUUCGCUACGUUCUGCCCUCCGAGGACCACACCAUCCAGAAGCUGCUCCUCCUCUACCUGGAGAUUAUCGACAAGACGGACGCCCGCGGCCGCGUCCUCCCGGAGAUGAUCCUCAUAUGUCAGACCCUCCGGAACAACCUCCAGCACCCGAACGAGUACAUCCGCGGGGUCACCCUGCGCUUCCUCUGUCGCCUGUCGGAGGCCGAGAUUAUCGAGCCUCUGGUGCCGUCCGUACUCAGUAACCUGGAGCAUCGCCAUCCCUUUGUCCGGCGGAAUGCCGUCCUCGCCAUCAUGGCGAUCUACAAGCUACCACAGGGGGAGCAGCUCCUCGUCGACGCCCCAGAGACUAUCGAGCGGCUCUUGUCUACCGAGCAAGACGCCUCCACGCGUCGCAACGCCUUCCUGAUGCUGUUCCAGUGCGCGCAGGACCGCGCUGUUGCUUACCUGCUCUCCCAUAUCGAAUCCGUCACCGAAUGGGGGGAGCUGAUGCAGAUGGUGGUUCUCGAUCUGAUUCGGAAGGUGUGCCGAACGAAUAGGGCGGAAAAAGGGAAAUAUAUUAAGAUUAUCAUCGGGUUGCUGGACUCCGCCUCAACAUCCACGGCAGUGAGCUACGAAUGUGCUAGCACGCUGGUGUCUCUCUCUUCGGCACCCACGGCCAUCCGUGCCGCUGCCAACACCUACUGUCAGCUCCUCCUCUCGCAGAGCGACAACAAUGUGAAGCUCAUUGUCCUUGACCGGUUGAAUGAGCUCCGCUCUGCGCACCGGGACAUCAUGGUGGAGCUGAUCAUGGACGUCCUUCGUGCCUUGUCCAGUCCUAACCUUGAUAUUCGCAGGAAGACCAUUGACAUUGCUCUUGAGCUCAUUACCCCAAGGAACGUCGAUGAAGUGGUUAUGACCCUCAAGAAGGAGGUCGUGAAGACACAGAGUGGUGAGCUCGAGAAAAAUGGGGAAUAUCGGCAGAUGCUGGUGCAAGCCAUCCAUUCCUGCGCCAUCAAGUUCCCAGAGGUAGCAGGCAACGUCGUCCAUCUCCUCAUGGACUACCUUGGUGACAGCAAUGUGGCCUCAGCAAUGGAUGUGGUCAUCUUUGUUCGUGAGAUUAUUGAGACUAAUCCAAAGCUUCGCGUCUCCAUCAUCACCCGCUUGCUGGACACAUUUUACCAGAUCCGCGCAGCUCGUGUGUGUUCAUGUGCUCUCUGGAUCUUGGGUGAGUACUGCCUUUCACUUUCAGAAGUGGAGAGUGCUAUUGCCACCAUCAAGCAGUGCCUUGGUGAUCUCCCAUUCUACACUCUCAACAGUGAGGAGACUGACUCAUCAGACACAUCACAGAAGCCCUCUCAAGUUAAUUCCACAGCUACAGUGUCAUCUAGGAGACCUGCAGUUCUUGCAGACGGGACCUAUGCCACGCAGAGCGCUGCUUCUGAGACAGCCAUCACUGCUCCCACUCUUGCAGCUGGGUCCUUGUCAUCACCAGGAAACUUAAGAUCCUUGAUCCUUGGUGGAGAUUUCUUCUUGGGGGCUGUUGUUGCUUCCAAUCUGACCAAGAUUAUUCUGAGACUAGAAGAAGUCCAACCAUCAAAGACAGAAGUCAACAGGGCUGUCAGUGGUGCAUUAUUGAUCAUGGUGUCCAUGCUGCAAUUGGGGCAGUCUUCUGUGAUGCCCCAUCCUAUUGAUAAUGAUUCCUAUGACCGCAUUGUUCUUUGUAUUAGAUUGCUAUGCAACACAGGUGAUGAAGCAAGGAAGAUAUGGUUGCAGUCUUGUCGCCAGAGCUUUGCAAAGAUGCUCUCGGACAAGCAGCUGCGUGAGAUAGAAGAGAUAAAGGCAAAAGCCCAAGUUUCUCAUGCUCAACCGGAUGAUCUUAUUGACUUCUACCAUUUGAAGAGCAGAAAGGUGAGAUAGCAUAGUCCUUGCUCUUGCCUGCAAGUUAGCGAAUAUACUUCCCUUUCGUUUAGGUCCCCCAAAGUUCAUCAAAUUUCUACUUUGGUUUGAAGCUGACAUUUUUUUUUGUGAUUCCAAUCGAUUCAAUUAUGUUUAUUAUAUAGAAUAGAACCGUGUUCAUGCAAUAUGUUUUGAGGUUUCACUUAAAAAAUUUGAAUCGUGAACAUGUUGAUCAAUAUCUAUGUGAUGGAAGCACGAAGAUUUACGAAUGGAAUGCCGUUCCGAAUUUAGUGUUUAGGCAGUAUUUGGGGAUGAUUCGCUGUCCUGAUUUCUGUUUUUUUAUCCUGGUGAAAUGUGGAUAUCUUAGUUAGCAUGGGUUUUCCGUUGGCAAUAAAUUUGCCGGUUUCAAGCUGGAUCUCACUCUAAAAUAAAACCAGGAACAUGUUUCCUUGCUUUUUAUUUGGUAUCCACAUGUCUCAAUUAUGAAGUCGGAGAAAUUCAAUGCGCAUGGAGCUUGUAAAGCAGUUCUGUAUAAUUUCUUUGUAUCUCCAUUUAAAAUUCCUUACUGCCAUAUUUUAUGGUUUAUUAUUUGCAUCACAUCUUCUUUAAAGUUUCAAACAUUUUGUCUAACAACACAUCAUGAGAAAUGCAGUUUUUUAUUGUCUGACUCAUCGAACUAAUCCAUUUAGUGGCUUCAGGAAAUUUACAACAAUCUUCAUUAACUGUCUUCCUCUCUUAUUGCUACCCAUCCAACAUAAUUGUUUUGCUAAAAGGUUUCUAUACUUGGUUUCGUUUCUGAGUCGGAGUAUUUUGUCCCCUUUACCAUUCUUUUAAAGGGGGACACGUAACGUAUGAAAUGAUUGGAGCUUGUAUUUUGAGAGAAAAUGACUUGCAAGCUUAAUCAAUCAAUGGCUCAAAACUGUUCAAUCUAGCUGCAUUGAAAGGAGCACCACAUUCGUGGACCAGGAGGUGGCAUGUCUUCUCUGUUCGGCAAAGCUUAUUUAUUCUUAUCUUCCUCCUUUUAUUCACGACAUAGUUUACACAUACUUUGGGGGUGCGACUCGAAUUGCUUUGCAGUUGACUCUACUAGCUUUCGUGGGAUGGAGAGACAUGAGAAACUGAAAAGAGGGAGGGGUCGCUCUGCAAUCCUUGCAGACAAGAGAACCCUGUCUUCUGCCCCAGAGAGAGCUUGGGGGGAGAGGCAGCAAAAGACUAUAUAUGCAAGAAGGUCCUAACUCUGAGAAUGGCAGCAUUGUCAGUAAGAACAUCCUCAUGAACAGUGUGGUGAGAUAGCAUUUGAAGAAACGAAUUUUUAGAGUUAUAUAUGUGGUUCUAUUGAGCCAAACAGUUUAGGUAUGUGUUGUGAAAUUCACGUGUGAAUGGUUCAUGAUAAUUGGAUAUGAAGUCUUAUCUUUUGAUGCCAGACAUGAUCUAGCUAGAUGCAGCCGCCCAGAUCUCAGCAAGACCUAGAGAAUUGGGAUCGUAACCCGAGAGAAAAAUCUUCCCGAAUUUAAUCAUAUGACGAAGUGAACUCUGCACUUGCCAUUGAAAAAUGUGGAGCAUUGGAUGUCGGAACUCACACGAAACAAUUUGGGCGCACUUUAUCUAUAGUUUCAGGACCAUUGAAAUAGUAGCCAUUGCUCACAUUCUCACCGGGUUUUCUCAAAGGUAACCCAACCCACCGGCAGGUCUACUACUUACUACUCCUAUGGAAAGCUGUCAUAGAGAGGAACUGGUUGACCAAGUGUAGAGUUGUACACUUGGUCUGCACAUCCCUCGUUGACGUUUGAAUACGUCGGGAAAUUCUGAGGUGGCUGAAGAGGGAGGUUCUUCCCACCUUCCCUUCCCUAUCUCGCAUCACUGAUGUCUGAUCUUGGAAGCAAAAAUUGGUGCAGGGCAUGAGCCAGCUGGAGCUGGAGGACGAGGUCCAGGACGACCUGAAGCGCGCGACGGGCGAGUUCACCAAGGACGGGGACGACGCAAACAAGCUGAACCGCAUCCUCCAGCUGACGGGUUUCAGCGACCCGGUCUACGCGGAGGCGUACGUGACGGUGCACCACUACGACAUCGUGCUGGACGUGACGGUGAUCAACCGGACCAAGGAGACGCUGCAGAACCUGUGCCUGGAGCUGGCCACCAUGGGGGACCUCAAGCUGGUGGAGCGGCCGCAGAACUACAUCCUCGCCCCCGAGUCCAGCAAGCAGAUCAGGGCCAACAUCAAGGUCUCCUCCACCGAGACCGGCGUCAUCUUCGGCAACAUCGUCUACGAGACUUCCAACGUGCUCGAGCGCAACGUCGUCGUCCUCAACGACAUCCACAUCGACAUCAUGGACUACAUCUCCCCUGCCACCUGCGCCGACGUCGCCUUCCGCAACAUGUGGGCUGAGUUCGAGUGGGAGAACAAGGUCACCUCUCUCUCUCUCUCUCUCUCUCUCUCUCUCUCUCUUCCUUCAUCUUUCAUCUCUUUUGCGUCGUUCAAGCAAUAUCGUCACCAGCAAUCAUACUAUCAGACUAGUUGGGUCAUCACAUCUCACGGCGGAUGAGAUUAGGUCAUCUACUUUGUCAUAACUGGUGGCUGGGUCGCAGGUGGCGGUGAACACGACGAUCCAAGACGAGAAGCAGUUCCUGGAGCACAUCAUCAAAUCCACCAACAUGAAGUGCUUGACCCCGCCGUAAUCGCCCUCUCUCUCUCUCGCUUUCUCUCUAUAGUCUUUGAUUCGUCGUGGUCGGAUGAUGAUCCAUUUAUUGAAUGUGGUUUUGGCAGGUCGGCUCUGGACGGGGAGUGCGGGUACCUGGCGGCGAACCUGUACGCGAAGAGCGUCUUCGGGGAGGACGCGCUGGUGAAUGUGAGCAUCGAGCGGCAGGACGACGGGAAGCUGAGCGGGUACAUCAGAAUAAGGAGCAAGACGCAGGGAAUCGCCCUCAGCCUCGGCGACAAGAUCACCCUCAAGCAGAAGGGAGGCGGCAGCAGCUGA